CCCGUUGGUAAAAUACAGUGAUAUGAUUGUGUUGGUGUGAUGUGUUCAUCGUCGUAAAGUCGUAAUCGUAAUUUUUAAUUUUAGAUUGGAUCACUUGUGAAAUCGUAGACAUUGUUUACAAUGGCGACGUCCAGUGAAACGUCGGAACAAAACGUGAAAUCCAGGCGACCUGCAGAAUCUGCCUUUAAACAGCAACGUUUGCCUGCCUGGCAGCCUAUUCUUACUGCGGGAACAGUCCUGCCAACGUUUUUUGUAAUCGGCAUUGCGUUUAUUCCCGUUGGAAUAGGCUUACUCUACUUUUCUGAUGAGGUAAAAGAACAUGUGAUAGACUACACACAAUGUUUGAAAGAAGGAGAAAACAUAACAUGUGCGGACUAUAUCAAACGGACUGCUAUGGAACAUUGCACUUGCCGCCUGCCAUUCAACCUGACAGAGGACUUCAAGGGAGAUGUCUACUUUUACUAUGGACUUAGCAACUACUAUCAAAAUCAUCGACGAUAUGUCAAGUCAAGAGAUGACAGCCAGCUGCUGGGCCGCCUGUCGCCGGUGCCUUCUACCGACUGCUUGCCGUACGCAUUUGCUAUGGAAGAUGGGGUUGAGAAACCUGUGGCCCCGUGUGGUGCUAUAGCUAACUCUCUAUUCAAUGAUACGCUGACGGUAUUCUCCCACAUCUCGAACUCAAACGUGCCGGUGCUGCGCACAGGGAUCGCUUGGGAGUCUGACAAGCAAAUCAAGUUUAGGAACCCUCCCGGAGAUCUUAAAACAGCAUUCGCAAAUUUCACCAAGCCUGAAAAUUGGCGAGUCAAUGUCUGGGAGUUGGACCCUAACGACACUGAAAACAAUGGAUUCCAGAACGAGGACCUGAUAGUGUGGAUGCGCACGGCGGCGCUGCCCACGUUCCGCAAGCUGUACCGGCGCGUCGACCACAAGGAGCUCGGGUACAGCACCGGACUCGCCAAGGGAUCCUACGAACUCAUCGUAGACUACAACUACCCGGUGACUGACUUCGACGGUACCAAGUCGUUCAUAAUAUCGACGACCUCCUUGCUGGGGGGAAAGAAUCCGUUCUUGGGCGUGGCCUACGUCGUGGUGGGCACUUUGUGCUUACUGCUGGGCAUCGUGCUUCUCGUCAUACAUGUCAAGUGCUCCAAGAGCACCACCGAGAUGAUCAACGUGAACCCGCGCACGCCAUACUCGUAAACCGUGACGUCAUCAGGUGACUUAUCGUUAUGAGAUUAUUUAUAAUUACAUUAUCUUUCCAAAAUACCAAAUAAACAGUAAACACUGUUAAUUUAUGAUUAUUUUCUACUAAAAUUCCAAAUUACUACUCUCGAUCAAAACUCGCUAUUGUUUUUUAAAAUCGAUAUUUUAUCGAUAGUGUAUAUCGAUAGCGCAUGUCAUCACCGUCUGUGUAAAUUUAUCGAAUAUUGAAUUCAAAGUUGUUCAAUCUUUUUGGUAAUAUAAGCCAAUAUAUGUAUGUUUUUUGUAUAUUUGAUUGCAUUAAAGGGAAAACAAAGUUAUCUUAACAUAUAUUAUCAAGAUAUUUCAAUUAAACUUAUCAAUGCACGAUUAUAUGAUUGCAGGACGUAUACUAAUGCUGUUUUAAAACAGUAUUUUUAUAAUAGGUCCCAUAAUACCAAUUUAAUCUUAUUGCGGAAUAUCGAUAUGUUAUCUGGACUACUAGACUACGCGAUCUCUGGACCAAUUCCUUGCUUAGUCAAAGUAUUUUUGACCUUCUCAGUAAGAACACAGAGUCCUGAAUUAAACGAAUGUUUUGUGAUUGAGUAUUAUCGACACGCAAACAUCCUUUGUAAUAUUUGACAACUCGAAUCGUUAAGUUGCCUUUAACGAUAACAGUUGUCAAAAUUAAAGGUUUUAAAUUUUACUUGAAUGCAAUCAGAUAUAAAUAUAUAUUAAACUUGCCUGAAUCGAGUCUAUAAAUAAUGUAGAAUGCAUUAGGUAUUUUUAUAUGUGAUAAACUAUUGUUAUGAUUUCGUUAAUUUUAUGCAAUAUUAAUGUUAUUUAAUUUAGAAAGGUAUGUUAGUUGUGUUGUAGAGAAUAACAAAAUACAUAGACAUGUUUAGUAUUUAUAAAUAAUGUGUUUAUAGUACAUUCUUCUUUUAUAACCGUCGUAUUCAGAGACAGUUAAUGGUUAUUUAACCCAAUACUUAGUAACUUACUGCCACCCUCAGAGACAUUUAAUGAUUACUUAAACUAUUAUUUAGUAACGAUUUUGUUUUGAAAACAAUUGCUAAGGAGUGGGUUUAUGUAACCAUUAAAUAAGUCUGAGUACCUACGGCACUUCGGAACAAAACCGUUACUAAGGAAUAGUUGUAAGUAAUCAGUAAAUGUGUCUGAGUACGACCGUAAGCCGUGACAUCAUGACAUCAGACAAGGGAGAAUGGAAGAUAAACACAUGGCUUCUAUUUUUCCUGUGUAAUACGAUCCGGGUCUUUUCAAGGUCAGAGUAAAUAGGUACUAUCUAAGUCUGUGUGCUCCAUCUUCGGCCACGUCUUCGCUUCGGUUUGGCAAAAAGCGGGUUGGUGGCCAAACGCAGACUUAUAAAAGCUAAAAAUAACAUGUCUUUCUGCUGACUCCAGGUAACUUAGAAUAAAGCUAGGUUGAAAAUUAUUUUACCCUUUCAAGGGGAAGAUCCCUUACAAACGACCUUAAUAUAGGGUACAACAAAAAGAUUACAAAAUUACCAUUAUCAGCAGAUCGUUGCAAAAUCUUGUUAUUUUAUCAAAGAACAGUAAAUUUGUAUGUUAUCAAUAUUUAUACCAAUGUAAUUGCCACUUUGAUAAAUCUCUGAUAACAUUCUUACAAUUCGUCAACUGAUUAGUGUUUUUUUUUAAUAUUUGUGAGUUUUUUUUGUUGUGUAGCUGGCAUGAUAAUUGUGAUUUUUUCAGCUAAUUUGAUAAUGGAACUUUAAUUUGAGUACUUAAAUAAUUUUCGCCAAGUUAUUAAAGGGUCAUUAUGUUUAUUUUUUUUUUUGUAAAAUGCUUCCAAUACCUGUCAAAGUCAAAUCAUUUAUUCCAUUUAAAUUAGAAAUAGGCACUUUUGAAAUGUCAACAAAUAAAUAAAGUCUGUCAGUCUGUCCAUCAGUGAAGCUAGGUGCUCGUUCCAAAGUGUAGCUUCUAAUGGAGAAGAACGAGAAAGAAACUCCAUUCAUUACUCUUUUAAAAAGUCCAGGAAGUCCUAGUUUUGGUUCUAGGUCGGGCAAAACAAGUCCUAAGAAUAUAUUUUUUUGUUUAUUAAACAAAAUAAAGUUACCUUCAUUUAUGUUUAAAUACAUAUACACUUGUGCCAAUUACUAACUGUGGCUAUCUCAGAAUAAAAGAAGACGAUCUAUGUAAUAUAUAUUUUCUAUCUUGAAAUGUCGUUUAAAACUACCAGUUACAGGUCAAACCUUUAACUUUAAGGAUUCUAAAGAAUAUUUAUGUACUAUGCCGGAGUAAAUAGAUAUUGUACGGAGUCGCGUUUUGUGAUACAUAGCGAAAUAUUUCAGAAAAACAAAUGAAAAUGGAUGGAGUACGAAUUCGUGUUCCAACUCUAUUAAAAUUUUUGUUUAUAAAUCUUUAUGAUUUUAUUUUAAAAAAAAUAUUUAUAUAUUAAAACUACAAACAUAUCAUAUAUAUCCUAUAAUAAAAAAUACAGUCGAUUUGAGAACCUUUACAUUUUAUACAAGUCGGUUUAAAAUCACUCAGUGGAAAUAUUUUUGUCUUUUCAACAUAGGCUCCGUACAAUAUCUCUAUUACUUCAAUAUAUAUUUUAGUUUAGUUAAAAAGUGCCUUUAUAUUAUAUUAUACUAUAAUUAGAUGCUUUGUAUCUCUCUGUCGCUACUUAUAGUACUGUAUCUCACGUUUAAGUAUUAUGCUAUUUAUUAAUGUAAGGGUCGGUUAUAGCUGCGUGAAUGCUAUGUUUUAUUAAUAUACAUAUAAACCUUCCUCUUGAAUCACUCUAUCUAAUUAGUAAAACCGCUUCAAAAUCUGUUGCGUAGUUUUAAAGAUUUAAGCAUAUAUGGGGACAGACAUUGAAAAUUGACUAUGUUUUAUGUAAUGUAUUGAUGAUGUUCCAAUAACAGCCCAAGUUUAGAAGUUCGCUAUAUUUCUGACAUAAUAACCAAUGUGUUUUCUAAGAUUUAAACUUUAUUACAAAAGCGUAUGGUUGAAGUUCUAUUAAAGAAAUUCACAAUUGUAAUCGUUAACAGGGGCUGCACUUGCUUGCAUUAAUUUAAAACAUGCAUUCUUACACAACAAUUAAACAAUAUAAUACAAAGAUAUAUUUUAUCAAUAAAAUGUAGCAUUUACGUAGCUGUUUAUAAAAUAAUAAUUAUUACUUACUAUCAUGAAAUUCAUCACAUUCUGAUUAUUUUUUAAUGAAGGAAAUGCUUGCACUUUUUAAUAUUUGUAUGUUUUCCCGUCUCAUAUUGGUAACCGGGUCUAUAUAUGUGUAAGAUACCGGGUAGGUACUUAAUUUUACAUAGCUUCGUUGGGUGGGUGUGUUCAAUCCGCGUAAGAAGGUCACAGACUCGGAAGUCUCCGGAGCUGCGGACUACCUAGCGGGUUUACCGGAACUCCGGUUCGAAAGGCAGGAGUAGGAACGGGGUGGUUUUUAGUCAGUAAGAGUCUGACACUCCCUCUCGCCUCGCCUAAGGCGAGAGAAGUCAUUGGAUGACACUACCUUAAAAAAAGGACUCGGUAGUCUGACAAAUUAAAUAAGGUGUUGGAAUGUUUUUAAAAUACCCGGUGUUUGCCAGAUUAUAUGGAGACUAUACAGUAUACAACACAUUAUAACAUCGGUUUAUUGCAAGAAGUCAUUAUGUGACUUAUUCACUAUUCUGAGAUAAACGGUAUUUUAGUUUGAAUUAGGUAUUGGUUGGUUGUUGAUUUGCCCAUAUUAUCCUAAAUAUAACUACGUUGAUGAAAUUUGUUUUUGCAUUUUGUAGAAUGUGUCAAAAUAAGUCCACUAUAGAUAAAAACGUAUUGAUUUUUUGCAGUAAGCCGAUGAUAAUAUCCAUGGAAAACUAUAUAUUGACUUCUUAAACCGGUACGUUUACACAUUUUUUAGAAAAUUUGGUUAACUUUUAAGUUAUUUCACGUUUCUAAGCCUAUGUAAUGAACAAUGCAUUUAAUUCGCUUCACAUAUUUUGUACUCCACUUGUCUAAUACUAUAUUUAAAUAAUAAUCUUACCUUUGUAUGGAAGCACGAAAAUUUUUAAUGUGAAUCUAGAAUUAGUUGAAUAAAUGUUUAGAAAAUA